UGCCUUUUUGCUUAUUCUUUCCAGUCAUUUACCUCUUGGGUUUUCAAAUAUUUUUCCUUGCCUUCAUGUUUUUCCAUUCUUUAUUUGUCUUUUAUUUUGACAGUUUCCUGCUUUUUGUUAAAUUCAGAAAUUCCACUGAAUAAUUGAAAUCUCAUUUGAUUUAGUUAGCCAUGUAAUAGAAUUUGUGAUACUUCAUUUAACAUCAUUGUAGAAAUAUCUUUUAUUAUUGAAUUUCACUAUAACCAGAUAUAAUUAAUCUGUUCUGUUCUUACCUAGAUGAAUUUGUAUUCUGAAUUGCUAACAUGAUAGGGAAUUCAUUUUCAACUCUUACCAGUAUGAUACUAUUAGUAGGUUCAAAGUAAACAAGACAAUUUCCCAAGGCUUUUUACAUUUAUAAUCCAAAUAUAAUAAUGGUGUAGAAAGACAAAUGUGGAGAAACCUGUCAGAUUGUGGUUUGCACCGUGACGUUACUGAAUUUUCAGUAUGAAAAUAAGAUCACUCUAAUUAAUUCAAUAGAAGGUGAAGAAAGAUUCAGUAAUCUCUAUUCCAUAGGGAUCUGUGGUGCCUCCGUAAUACCAGCUGUUCUUAGGUUAAAUGUGAUUCCUGGUGUGAUUCUUCAUUAAUGGCUGUUAGAUAUGGGCACUGGUGCCUGUACUCCAGAGACAUCUGGAAGCAGGGUGCUUUUUAUUCUGUACAUUUACUUUUGCCUUUCGAUGUCAAAAUUGGUUUACUUCCACUGUAAACAAAGUAUUUUUGCUUGUUUUCCUUGUGAGAAGAAUAGCUUUGAUGUGAACUCUGAAAAGCAUGUCACUUAAUUAAGGGUAGAUCAGGGAUUUAGAGCUAAUGUAGAUUUUAAGUUGGUGAAAGUUGAAUAGCAGAAUAAUUAUUUUUCACUAUGUAUCUAAUUAUAAAAUAUAUUUAAUAAAGUAUUUCAUAAUUCAUUGUAAUCUAUAUUUUUCACUACUUACCUUCUUGUGUCUCUUGAAGUAUCUUCUGAGGUUUGAAUACCAUGACUGCUUUGUGAAUUGAUUUUCUCGUGUAUCGUGAGUGUACUACUCCAAGUCACUUAAUCCAAGUUUUCAAAAUCUUGCUAAUGUGAUGGCAUAAACUAGUAAAAAGACAUUUGGAUUACCUCAUGGAUGUCAGCAAUGGUGUUUGAUAUUGUUAGAGUGGUGCAGUGGGAGUCUGCUGUAUGAAACAUCAGAAGUUUAUAUUUCUUCUAGUUUUGCAAUGGUUUCCCAAUGAGUGGAUCAUGAUGAACAUACUUUAGGGACUUGCCAUAGUAUGGCUGCUUCUCGAUCUACUCGUGUUACAAGAUCAACAGUGGGUUUAAAUGGUUUGGAUGAAAACUUUUGUGGUCGAACGUUAAGAAACCGUAGUAUUGCUCAUCCAGAGGAAGUUUCACCCCAUCCUCAAGUACGAUCGAGGUCACCAAAGAAGAGGCCAGAGUCUGUGCAAACUCAGAAGGGAGGUAACGGUGGAAGAACUACUGAUUUGAAACAACAGAGUGCUCGGGAAUCAUGGGUGAGCCCUAGAAAGAGAGGGCUUUCUACUUCAGAAAAAGAUAAUGUUGAUAAACAAACUGUGGAAAAUUGUGAGAAACGACAAGGAGAACCUGUAUCACCAGUAUUGAAAAGAAUUAAACGCUGUCUACGUUCGGAGGCACCUAACAGUUCAGAAGAAGACUUGUCUACUAAAACAGAGAAGGAAUCAUUGGAGCGUAAAAGUUUAGUGUCGGACAAUGAUGCACUCUCUCCUGGGACUAAGCGAGCUUGUCGAUGUCUUAUAUUGGAUGAUUGUGACAAAAGGGAAGUUAAAAAGGUGAAUGUGUGUGCAGAAGGAUUUAAUAAUUCUGCAGUAGUUGAAGAAAUCGCAGGCUACCAGACUGUCAAUGGAGUUGGCGAGAGAGACUCAAAUUCUCUAAACUGUGAUGACUGUCAGUUUGAUGGGAACGCUAAGCAAAACAAUGCUGGCUCCUGUAUGCCCAAGGAUAAAACAGUAGCAGAAAAUGGAAACUCAUUUGCCCAUUCUUCAUUGUUGCUUAAUAGCAGCAAAGAGGACAGUGUUGUAGACCAUUAUGUGCCUUGCACAAACUCUCAAGAACAGGUAAAGUUAGAGGACCACAAAAUAAUAAAUGACUGCUUGCCUGAAGAGCAUGCUAAUCAGGCAGAUGAGCCAGCUACGGGGUCCUUUUCUGAAAUCCAGUCAUCUUUGUUGAGGGAUUCUGAGGAGGAAGUAGAUGUAGUAGGAGAUAGCAGUGCCUCUAAGGAUCAGUGUGCUGAAAACACCAAUAGCAACCCGAAUACCCAUCAUGACAGUGCAUCAAUCUCAGGCGAACCUGAACCACAUUCUUCAGUGCUGGACUGUGUUUCAGCUCAAAUGACAUCUAUUUCAGAACUUCAAGAACACAGAUAUACAUUGAGAACUUCACCACGAAGGGCUGCCCCUGCCAGAAGUAGCCCUACUAAAAAUAACUCUCCUUGUAGAGAAAACGGACAGGUUGAGGAAAAUAAUAUUAGUCCCACUGAAAAGAAUGUACCUGUAGGUAUUAAUAAUAUCAAUGGAUCUCCCAAAAACUCUGAAGAAAUUAAACAGAAUGAAAAAGAGAGGAAUUGUAAUACAGACCAUGGGAGUGAUGGACUACGAAAGCCACUUUCUGAGGCUAGGCUUGUUGCUGGAUAUAUACCAUCUGCCAAAGAGAGUGCCAACAAUCACACUGCAGAGGAUGAUGAGGAAGAGCCUGAUGUGUAUUACUUUGAAUCAGAUCAUGUGGCAUUGAAACACAACAAAGAUUAUCAGAGACUGUUACAGACGAUUGCUGUACUCGAGGCUCAACGUACUCAAGCAGUUCAAGACCUUGAAAGUUUAGGCAGACACCAGAGAGAAGCACUGAAAGAUCCUAUUGGAUUUGUGGAAAGACUCCAGAAGAAGGUCGAUAUGGGUCUUCCAUAUCCUCAGAGAGUUGUUCAGCUCCCUGAGAUUUCCUGGGACCAAUAUACCACUAGCCUUGGAAACUUUGAGAGAGAGUUCAAAAACCGAAAACGUAACAGUAGGAGAGCAAAGCUGAUUUUUGACAAAGUAGGUAUACCUGCAAGACCAAAAAGUCCUUUGGAUCCCAGGAAGGAUGGAGAAUCUGUUUCAUACUCUGUCUUGCCUUUAAGUGAUGGUCCAGAAGGCUCCACAAGCAGUCGUCCACAGAUGAUAAGAGGACGACUUUGCGAUGAGACCAAACCUGAAACGUUUAACCAGCUGUGGACUGUAGAGGAACAGAAAAAACUCGAGCAGUUGCUUCUGAAGUAUCCACCAGAGGAAGUAGAGUCCCGACGGUGGCAGAAGAUAGCUGAUGAACUGGGAAAUAGAACAGCAAAGCAGGUUGCCAGUAGAGUACAAAAAUAUUUUAUUAAACUGACUAAAGCUGGUAUUCCAGUUCCAGGAAGAACUCCAAAUUUAUAUUUAUAUUCCAAAAAGUCAUCAAGUAGACGGCAGCACCCUUUAAAUAAACAUCUUUUCAAACCUUCAACUUUCAUGACAUCUCAUGAACCCCCAGUUUAUAUGGAUGAAGAUGAUGACAGAUCCAGUUUUCACAGUCAUAUGGAUACUGCAGCAGAAGAGGAAGUAUCGGAUGAAGAGAGUAUUCCAAUAAUGUAUCGUGAUUUACCUGAAUAUAAAGAACUGUUAGAGUUUAAAAAGUUAAAGAAACAGAAACUACAGCAGAUACAUGCAGAAAGUGGAUUUGUACAGCAUGUGGGAUUUAAGUGUGAUAACUGCGGGAUUGAACCUAUUCAGGGUGUUCGGUGGCACUGCCAAGACUGCCCUCAAGAAAUGUCCUUGGAUUUCUGUGACUCUUGUUCUGACUGUCUGCAUGAAACAGAGAUUCAUAAGGAGGAUCAUCAGUUAGAACCUAUUUACAGAGCAGAGACAUUUUUAGACAGAGACUACUGCAUGUCCCAGGGCACCAGUUACAAUUACCUUGACCCAAACUACUUUCCAGCAAAUAGAUGACAUGGGAAGCAGAUCUACAAUCUUGGGCUUACUAUCCUAUUUGAAAAAUAACAAUGGCACCAUUGUUAAUUCUGUGCACAUUUUGGAAAGACUCUCUGCUUUCCCUGAAAUGUCGCUCACAGCAUGACAGCUUCCUGGGUGUACUUGUCAAACUACAGCUUUGAGCUGUCAUGGUUCUAGAUCACUGAACAGCAGCUGAACAUUCCUAGUGUGCAGAAGGUUUCACUGGGAGACUUUUUCACCACAUUAGUCAUUUUUAGGUGGUGAAUUUAAACACAAAAGAAAAACAUACAAAAGGGUGAGCCAGAAAUGAGAGCACACAUUAAAGACAGAGUAAAUUCCAAAGGCUUUGAAGAACUUGGUUAUAAUGAGAUCCAGAGGAGAUGAAGUAUUUAUAUAAAAACAGUUUAGUAGCUUGCAGUUUUGUUGUGAAAUAGUUUUCAGCACAGUAACUGACUUUAGGCAAGGUUUUAACCAAUGACAGUGUUUGCUUCUAGGAUAUACUCUAAAAAAUACUCACUGUCUCAGCAAUGGUUGGUUACAGGCCUUUAUUAAAUCGGAGCUGCUUAAUCACAUUGACUUUCAAUUUUUUUAAUUUUUUUUAAUUUUUUUUUAAAAACCACGAUGAACUCUAUUUACCAACAGUGAAGCACUACAGGAGGCAACUGUGGCAUUGCUUCCUUAACCAGCUCAUGGUGUGUGAAUGUUAUAAAAUUGUCACUCAGAUAUAUUUUUUAAAUGUAAUGUUAUAUAAGAUGAUCAUGUGAUGUGUACAAAAUAUGGUGAAAAGUGCCAGUGGUAGUAACUGUGUAAAGUCUCUAAUACUCAACAUUAACUCCUUUAAAAUAAAAUACACAGCCUUCUGCCUCUGUAUUUGGAGUUGUUAGUGCAACUCAUCAAAGAAAACUGCCUAAUAUAAAUCAUAUAUAUGGUAAUAAUUUUUCCUCUUUUGUAGUCUGCACAAGAUCCAUGAAAGAUUGUAUUUUUAUUACUAUUUAAACAGUGAUUAAAUUUAGCCUGAGCAGUGAGCAAGGGUUCACAUGCAUUCUUUUAUACUGCUGGAUUUUGUUGUGCAUCAUUUAAAACAUUUUGUAUGUUUCUUCUUAUCUGUGUAUACAGUAUGUUCUUAAAUAAUGUUCAAUUGUCAGGAGAACUGUGAGAAAUAAACUAUGUGGAUACAGUCUGUUUAUAUAUA